UGUUCGUGUGUACGUGUGUAUAUGUGUGUGAGCGUUCAUAAACUGGUGUCAUUUGAUGAUGCUCCCUCUAAAUGAAAGCAUGCAGUUCUUGGCUCUCCUGGGCGCCACGUUUAUAUUAUCAACGAUGGCUGUAGAAGAUGAGCCAGGCCCACCUACUGCUGAGAAACUGACAAAAGAGAUUGGUUUUGAUAUUACGCUGACUACAAUUUGGGACACAGCCGAGCGACAGAGUGCUGAGAUAUUCUGGGCCCAACCCACUACUGUCAAACAAAUUAAAGAUUUGGUAAAAGCUGCUAGGAAGUUUAGUUUACGCGUUCGACCUUACGGCGGACGACAUUCCUGGGCGCCGUUGUUUGCAGAUAAGGGUGACAUUGGCUUGGAUCUGUCAUUGUUUGCGGAGGGAGACAAAUUCACAGUUGACAAAGAAAGAAUGUUAGUCAGUGCCUCGGCCUCUGCUUAUUUGCAUGAACUGUAUCAGUUUAACACGGACAAUGGAGUUACUAUCAUCUCUGGACCAAAUAUAGACAACGUUACUUUGCAAGGUGCUACUGGAACAUCUUCUCAUGGCCAGAUGAAGGCCGAAGGCACCCUUGCAACGUAUGUGUAUGCGAUAGACUUGGUCGAUUACAAAGGUAGGAAUAGACAUUUCGACGAAGACGGUGAUAAAGAAGUGAUAACUGCAUGCAGAACUCAUUUAGGAAUGUGUGGCAUCAUCUAUAAUACAACCAUAAGGGUGGUUAAAGACACAGUGGUCAAGUUCAGCAAAACACAUAUGAAGGCUUCUGACAUCGUAACGAACCAAGAUAAUCGUAAAGCAGUCGUCAUGGAUAAUGCUGGAAUGCUUAUCAUGUGGAGAAUGUUCACGAGUGCUACUGACGAACAAAUCAUGGCAAGAAACACAGAUCCGCUUCAAAGACCACCACUUAAUUGGGAUCCGGCUGAUGAUGUUACCACUGUAUGGACAAUAAACCCAGUUGAUGAUGUUGACAUCAGACCUAACAAAGAACCAUUUGAGGACAAGUGGCGACUAAGUGAUGGAAGAGAAGUGACUGGUACUGCAGACUACAGGAUGGCAUCUGAGACCAUGUUGUUCACUGCGUGGACAGGCCCUGAUAUCCAUCUUAGGAACGAUAUUGCUUGGGCUACUGCUGAGUCAGUAGACUUCUCAGCAAGUCAAAAAACAAUUGAGAAUUUCAUGGACGUAUACGAAACUGCAAUGAAAAGGUUGGGCUCGUACAGAUCAUUUGGAAUUUUCCGUUGGUUAAGCCACAAGGAUACCCCCACAUUAGCUAAUACUAAGGUUGCUAAUGACUUUAAUCUGGUCUUGGAAUUGGAGCUGACGUCAUCUUGUGAACCUUGUAACAAGCAUUUGUUGGAAGAAAUAACUAGGGACAAAGUCUGGAGUGCAACGGUUGCUACUGGAAUGAUGGCAAACAACAGUCGCAUCUUGCCACAUUGGGGCAAAUACUUUGACUUCAUCCCGGGAAUAAUCGAUCACCUCCGUCAGAACUAUGGCACUAAGUUGGAUGAGUUCAUCAAAAUCCGUAAUGAAGCAGAUCUGGAUCCUGACAACAUGUUCACUAAUUCUCAUUUGAGGACCUUGUUCCAUGAAGCGAUCGUUCGAAAUGCUGAGAAGGCAAGAGUUUCAAAAAUGAAGAAACUUAAUACAUUGGCAAAAAGGUUCGCAAAGCUGUUGGAGAGUUUCACUUUCUCAUCUAAUUAUUACUUAUAA